AUGGCAAACGAAAUAGGUGGGAUCGAAUUUAGGAGGCGUGUUUUCUCCGAUAUAUUUGGGGUGGAAAGACCGUCUGAAGAAUUCAGAAACAAGACCACUGCUAGGGAUGUUCCGAAUCGAAUCGAACAUAUAGAUGCUUUGGAUGAUGCUCUUUUAUCGGACAUUGAGCGGGAUAUAAUACCGCUAGAAGCACAAAACUAUAUCUUGAUGCAAGAAACUCAAAUUAAUAAUAUUUCCGACACUCAGAGCCUUUCUAGUACAGAUGAUUUGUCCUCAGUGGACAGUCCACGGAAACAGCUGCAAUCUGAGGACCAUACGUCUUUAGUGCUUCAAAACCAACACAUUGUGUCGCCAGAUGUUAAACAAGCCAGACGACAGCCGCACGUGAGACCUGUGCCUCCACCUAUCAAUACUGCUUUGCCAGCUGCAACAGAACAACCGUCUCCUCAAAGAUCUAAAAGCGAAAGUCUCGGGUUUCAAACCAACAGCACGCGCAGGAUUCCCUCUUUGACACAACUGCAUAGAAAUACACAGCUCAAGAAACAGCCCACCCACUCUUCAAUCUUCCCUACGUCGAAGAAAUCUCCUCUUCAGGGCUUUGGCUUAUUUUCGAGGCCGGCCUCGAAAGAAGUUAUGAAUGUGCACCAAAUGCACCACAACACACAGGCCAUGCCGAAUCAAAAUUCUCUAGGCGCUAGGUCUCUCUCUUUGAGCUCAACAUCGUUCAAAAGCUUCGCUUCUCCAUUUCAACAGAAAACGGCUGGUGGACGUACUAUCCCGCAAAAAUGCGAAAAUUCUACAAACCCCUUUCUGGAGCAUGGCCGGCAGCAGAGUCAGAGCUCAAUGGGUCUUGGCAUUAAGAGUCGAAGCUCGUCGGCUUCGCUUCAAACAGGGACCACUAAAGUUGCCUCGAGUCCAUCUCUCAAUUUCCAUAGAAGAAGCAGUGCGUCCAUCCAUUCGAAACCUAUCGUAAGCACCACAUCCAUGACACGCCCUCAAGUCUAUCCGGCAAUGUUGUCUCGAGUUGCUACUAAGUUCAGGAAGUCCGUUCAUGUGGGUGAGCAUAAAAAAGAUGGCCUUCUUUACAGAGACGCGUUUACCGGGAGACAAGCGGUGGAUGCGAUUUGCUCUAUCAUCAGGACUUCGGAUAGAAACCUAGCGUUAUUGCUGGGUCGGGCCCUUGAUGCACAGAAGCUAUUCCAUGACGUUGUUUACGAACAUCGCUUAAGAGACUCUCCAAAUGAGGUUUACGAGUUCACGGGAAAUUCUAGAAUCAUAGGAACUGGUACAACUGGUUUAGCCCCCGUUUCGGCACAUGCUGGACCGCUGUUGAUGGAUAUGAGCUCGGGUCCCACCCACACUCAUCCAUCUACUUCAACUUUGAAUACAUCGCAGUCCUCCAUUUCAGUUUCUAGUGCCGAAAAGCAAGUUGAUCCCGCAAAAAUGCAUAACGUCAAUGGUGUAUUCACGUUAUUGGCAGAGUGCUAUUCGCCCACAUGUACUCGAACAAGACUCUGUUAUUCCAUCUCCUGUCCUCGCAGACUUGAGCAGCAGGCCAGACUCAAUUUAAAACCAAAUGGUGGCUUAAAGAGAAACUUCUCUGUUGCUGUUGAUGACGAAGAAGAUGAAAAACCUUCUUGGACAAGCUCCGUUCCAGAGUCAAUAUGGUCUGAGCUUUCUAAAAAGGAAAUUAAGCGGCAGGAAGCCAUAUACGAAGUUUACACCACCGAAAGAAAUUUUGUGAAGUCGCUUGAGAUUAUCAGGGAUACUUUCAUGAAAACUCUUGCCGAGACAAACAUCAUUCCCGCUGACAUCAGGAAAAACUUUAUCAAGCACGUUUUUGCGCAUGUUAACGACAUGUAUUCCGUCAAUAGACGGUUUUUGGAUUCGCUGUCCGAUCGCCAAAAAUCUUCACCUAUAGUUAAUGGGCUCGGUGAUAUUUUCCUUAGAUUCAUUCCAUUUUUUGAGCCUUUCGUCAUGUACGUUGCAUCGCGGCCCUAUGCGAAAUAUCUCAUUGAAACUCAACGCUCAGUGAACCCUUACUUUAGUCGGUUCGAUGAAGAUUUAAUGAGCUCUCCCCUGCGGCACGGUAUCGAUUCCUUUCUUUCUCAAGGUGUAUCCAGACCGGGAAGAUACAUCUUAUUGGCCAAGGAAAUUAUCAAAUCAUCGGAUCCAGGAAAGAACAAACGAGACUUAGAGAACAUGAAUAGAGCGUUAGAUGCUUUGCGAGCGUUUAUGCAACGCAUCGACAAGGCUAGUGGAGCCGCUCAAGAUAGGCAUGACAUUGAGUUGUUGAAGCAAAAAAUACUGUUCAAGAAUGAGUACGUUAAUUUGGGCUUAAACGAUGGGAAGCGUAAAAUUAAACAUGAAGGUGUCCUUUGCAGAAAGGAGUCAAGUAAAACUGACACAGUGCUAGGCGGAGAUGUUCAAUUUUAUCUUUUGGAUAAUAUGCUUUUAUUUUUGAAGGCCAAAGCUGUCAAUAAGUGGCAGCAGCACAAAGUAUUUCAGCGUCCAAUCCCGCUACCUCUCCUGUUUGCAUGUGCUGGUGAAGAUAUGCCUCCUUUGAAAAAGUUGAUCAACUCCAAGCCUGGAAGCUGUGGUACGGUUGUUACUCCUGAAGUUAAUUAUGGGAAUCCACGAAACGCAAUAUGUUUCCUGUAUUAUGGAGCCAAACAUCAUUACCAAGUAACGCUUUAUGCGGCGCAAUAUGCUGCACUUCAAACUUUGCUCGAAAAGAUCAAGCUGGAACAGCAAACACUAUUGGCCGCCCACGACAUCUUCAACAUUGAGAAGUUGAGCGGACGGUUUUUCGACUACACAAAUAAAAUCAAUAGCGUCGCGUCUUGCGAUGGAGGUCGGAAACUAGUUAUAGCCACUAAUUCGGGACUUUAUGUGAGUGCCACUAAGAGGGAACAAGUGGCCGGCACGGAAAAGAUGAGAACUUAUUUUGGAACUCCACAAAAAAUCAUUCAAAGGAAUAAUAUUACACAGUUGGCCGUUUUGGAGGAAUUCCAAUCGAUUUUGUUGCUAGUUGACAAGAAACUUUACAGUUGUCCGUUAGUAUUGCUGGACGAGCAGAAAGACGGCACUCAAUAUUUCCGGAAGCAUGGUAAAGAGCUUGUUAACCAUGUCAAUUUCUUCUCGGAGGGGGACUGCAAUGGCAAACGACUCAUUGUGACAGCGCACACGUCGUCGCAUUCUAUCAAGUUAUUUGAACACGAGCAUCCUAUGUUGAUGGAAGGCAGGAAGAAUUUGAAGCGGAAAAUCACAGAGGUUGUCUUCGAUUCUGAACCCGUGUCGAUAUCCUUUUUACGUGCCAACUUAUGCAUAGGCUGUAAAAAAGGAUUCCAAGUUGUCUCCAUACCACAAACGGUACACGAGCCGCUACUGGACCCUGCUGACACAUCUUUAGAGUUCGCACUUAAAGAUAUCCUGAAGCCCGUUUCCAUAUAUCGAGUGGCCAGCAUGUACUUGCUGUGCUAUUCGGAAUUUGCAUUUUUCGUGAACAGUCAAGGCUGGCGGAAGAAGGAAUCCUUCAUAAUUUACUGGGAAGGUGAACCUCAGAAAUUUGCAAUCUGGUAUCCAUAUAUUCUCGCUUUUGACACAAACUUUAUCGAGGUCCGUAAAAUCGAGACAGGUGAGCUUGUACGUUGUGUUUUGGGUGAGAAGAUCAGACUUUUGCAAGCGACGUCUCAACAAAUACUCUAUGCCUAUGAGGAUGAGGCUGGGUAUGAUACAAUCGCAUCUAUAGAUUUUUGGGGUAAAUAA